AUGUCAAGCGAAUCCCCACCUCCCUCAUACUCCCCACCCCGACCACCGCCUCCCUAUGAAAAUGAGAUGAAAAAGGAGAUAGCGGAUAAUGAACGAAAUGAGAAGCGAGAAGGGAUUAGGGUCGGACCCGCACCGUUUGUCCCGCUAUCAGCCCAACCCUCCUCAUUUGUUCAUCCCCAACAGGCUGCCCCGAAUACAGUAAUCAUCGUGCAUACGGUCAAACAAGCCGACACGUCAGCGCCAUACCAGACGUUCUGUCCAAAGUGCCAGAUGCCCAUCACCACCCGCCAAAACUUUGUCACCGGCACGUUCACGUGGAUUCUGGUCCUGAUCACCCUGGUCGCGUUCUUCCCCCUGGCCUUCGUCCCGUUCUGCCUCGACUCCUGCAAGGACGUCCAGCACUUUUGCCCAAAAUGCAAAACCAUGCUCUCGUGCAAGAGGAAAUUUUUC